AUGGAAAACCUCACGCCAGAACAAUGGCGCGAGAUAAUGAACCGGAAGAUGCGAUUCCCUCCGGAGCUCAUCGCUGCCAUCCAGGAGGGGAAGAUAGAGCAUCUUCGUGGGCUGCUGAAGACCGGCGACGGCAUCCUCCGCCAGCUGGAGGAGUCCGAGGACCGCCAGUGGAGGGAGGCCCUCAACCUGUCCAUCCGCCUGGGCAACGAGAGUUGCAUGGAUGUCCUCCUGCAGGGGGUCAAGUUCGACUUCCGGCAGAUUCACGAGGCCCUGCUCGUGGCCGUGGACACCAACCAGCCCCGGGUGGUGAAGCGCCUGCUGGACCGCCUCGACCAGGAGAAAGGAAACAAGAUGGACGUGCGCUCCUUCUCCCAGGCCAUCUUUGACCAGUCAAUUGACAACUCCCAGUUUGCUCCUGGUGUGACUCCUCUGACCUUAGCCUGCCAGAAGGACCUGUACGACAUUGUCGCCAUGCUCACCCGGAAAGGGCACGUCAUCCCGUGGCCGCACAAGAUAUCCUGCAUCUGUCUGGAGUGUCGUAACGGCCGGCAGUACGACCUUCUGAAGUUCUCCUUGUCUCGCAUCAACACCUACCGUGGCAUCGCCAGCCGCGCCUACCUGUCCGUCACCUCUGAGGACGCCAUGCUCAGAGCCUUCACUCUCAGCAGGGAGCUCCGCAUGCUCUCGCAGAAAGAGCCAGAGUUCAAGCCUCAGUACCUGGGCCUGGAGGAGCUCUGCCAGGAGUUUGCCGUGGAGCUGCUGGGCAUGUGUCGUAAUCAGAGCGAGGUGACCACCAUCCUGAACAGCUGCGGAGAUGAGAGCCAGGACUCCUUGGAGGAGCAGGCCUUCGAUGAGGGGAUCCCCAACCUGUCCCGCCUGCGGCUCGCUGUCAACUUCAACCAGAAGCAGUUUGUGGCCCACCCCAUCUGCCAGCAGGUGCUCUCCUCUAUCUGGUGCGGGAACCUGGCUGGAUGGCGGGGCAGCAGGACGGCCUGGAAGCUGUUUGUCUCCAUGGUGAUCUUCCUCACCAUGCCCUUCCUCUGCCUCGUCUACUGGGUCGCUCCAACGUCAAAGUUGGGAAAGUUACUAAAGAUUCCUGUGAUCAAGUUCCUCCUGCACUCAGCCUCCUACCUGUGGUUCCUCAUCACGUUACUGGGAGAGUCAAUAACCAUGGAGAUGUAUCGAACCAAAUUUGCUUCCCGGCAUCAGGACAUGCUGCACAGCUCCUUCCACAUGGUGUGGGUGGUCGGGUUCUUCUGGUACGAGUGUAAGGAGGUGUGGAUCGAGGGGCUGCGCAGCUACUUCCUGGACUGGUGGAACUGCCUGGACGUGAUGGUGCUCGGAAUGUAUCUGGCCUCCUUCGCGUUACGUCUGCUCAUCAUGCUCAAAGGCUUCUUUGUGUGCCAUGGGCAUGAUGUCACAGAGGAGUGCGUUUACUUCACUCAGGCUGUGCGUGAGGACUGGCGUCAGGAGGACCCCCAGCUGCUGGCCGAGGUUCUGUUUGCAGUGACCAGCAUGCUGAGCUUCACGCGGCUGGCCUACAUCCUGCCAGCUCACGAGUCCCUGGGAACUCUGCAGAUCUCCAUAGGGAAGAUGAUCGAUGACAUGAUGAGAUUUAUGUUUAUAUUGAUGAUCAUCGGAACAGCCUUCCUCUGCGGCAUCAACAAUGUCUAUGUUCCUUAUGUCCUCUCUCCACACCUUGGCAGGUUUAAUGAGACGUUCCACUUCCUCUUCUGGACCAUGUUUGGCGUGGCUAACCAGGACUACGUGGACAUGCCCCAGUUUGUGGUGGCGGAGUUUGUAGGAAGGAUUCUGUACGGCAUCUUCACCCUCGUCAUCGUCAUCGUCCUGCUCAACAUGCUUAUCGCCAUGAUCACCAACACCUUCCAGAAAAUUGAGGAUGAUGCAGACGUUGAGUGGAAGUUUGCCCGCUCCAAGCUGUACCUCAGUUACUUCAGAGAAGGCCUCACCAUUCCCGUGCCCUUCAACAUCAUCCCCUCACCCAAAGCCUUCUACUACAUGUUAAGAGGUCUCUUCAGACUAAUCUGCUGCUGCUGCACUUCAAAUGCUGAGAACAAAUAUCCUCCUAUUCCCUCUAUGAGCAAUGAUAAGGAGCCUGAAGAGGACCAGAUACCGUACCGGCAGCAGGUGAUCAGAGCUCUGGUGCAGCGCUACAUUGAGUCGGCACGCAGGGAGUUCGAGGAGAACAAGAGGAAAGAUAUCGGCAAUCGGAUCACUUUGCUGACCAAAACGGUCAGCAAGAUGCACGGGGACAUCAAGGUGGUCCAGCAGCUUCUGACGGAGGAGGGACACCCAGCAAGUGACCCACGGACCAAUGAGGGCUCCUCUUUUCUGGGGAAAUACAUCAUUGGUGCCAAAAACAAUUUUGUAGGAUUUAACAGCAAACCAGAUGAGAAAGCGUCAUCACUCAAAGUGCCAGUGCACAAUGGAGAGAAAGAAGGGGUUACAGAUCAAAUUGAAACAGAUAACAAUCAAAAUGUUGUUGGCGAUUGUGAAGCAGAAGGAUCGAAGCAGGUGACGGACUGUGAUGUGGUGAAGAUGGAAGAGGGGAGAGCUAAAACUGAGGUAGGGGAUCAGAAGGAACCUGAGAAGAAAGAGCAGAUGGAAGCAGACAAUAGAGAAAAUACUGAAGAUGAAGUUAAAGUGGUAGCAGGGACAAGUUUUAAUCAUGUAGAAAAGGAGUCUAAACCCAAGGCAGGAAAAGGAAAGGAAGAUGAGAAGCUGACAGGGGGGAAGGUGAGUGAAACACACACAGAUACAACUCCUGACACAGUCAACAGUGAAAAGACAGAAACAAAGUCAGCAAUGAACAAGUUUAGAGAAGCAGAGCUGAAAGAACAGAAAGUGGAGCCAAAGUGGAAGCAAGGUAAAAAGUUUGAACAUGAAGCGGCAGGGGAAAUUGCUGUCAUAGAGGGCAAUGCAAAGCCUGGAGCCACAACAACCGUCCCCUCCCCAACAGGAAGCAGCCUCUCUCAGGACACCGGCUUCGGAUCAGAAGAAGGGGACGGGGCGAUUGGAGGGACGGUAGUGAGGCCGUAG